CUAACUUACAGGACGACACAUGUCGGAAUGGAAGUAUUGUCAUAAUUUCUGUAGUGUAUGUAUUUUGAGGUUAGUAUUAAUGUCACUUGACUUGUUGAUAAAAAUAAUGAUGAAAAUUGAUUGAAUGUCCUUCAAGAAGUAAAAGAGAUUGAAGAAGCGGAUUUUAUUUGUCAAUGAAACAGGAUAUUUGAAACGUUAAGAUUGUUUAAUACAAAACUUGUUAAACAGUAAUUAAUAUUUAAUAUACGUGUAAAACCUUGUUAUCUUGCAUAUAUAUAAUUAUAAGUGAUGGUAAUUGCAGAUUCCAAUAUGAAUAAAAAUAUAGACGUUUUAUCAGAAGAGAUUGAUGAGUUGAUGUUACGUAAAUUAGAAUUAAUGGAAGAAAAAGUUCGUGGAAAUAUUCAGAUGGAGACAUUGCUGAAGGAUGGCCACAUUGAGUUGGCAAAAGCAAAAUAUAUUCGUGGAAAGGAGAAUAUCAGUAUGCUGCAGGUCCCAAAUAAUGAAGACACAGUAACAUCUCUGUUUGAUUUAGAGACUAAAACAAAUGAAGAUGAUGAUACUGUACCAUAUUUUGAUAUCAGUAAAAAGUUAAGUGAUGCUGCAGAUGGACCAGGGGAUCCUAUAAAAUGGUUCGGUGUACUGGUUCCACAAAACUUGAAAAACAGUCAAAAACGUUUCCAAGAAUCAGUUUAUCUUGCUGCAAAAAUAGCAAAUGUGCAAGAAGAACUUACAUCUGUACUCUCCAAGCUUAAGACAUUGUAUAUUCAAAAAGAUAGUUUAUGUUCUCCAAAUGUUGAAACUUAACUAAAAUUUAUUAAACAAAGAUAGAAAUUUUGUUAUACAAUUAGAGUUUGUUCAUAAGUGA